UGGGGUGCACAGGCAGGAUGGGACCCAGAGCCUGGGAGUUGAGCCUGGGGUCUCAGCACCAUUUUGGAGUUCAGCUCCCAUGAAAGAGGAGCAGGAGGAUGGAUUACGGUGGCUGCCAGUGCCUGGUUCCCUGUGGAAAGGAUAAAUACAUCUCCAAAAAUGAGCUGCUGCUACACUUGAAGACGUACAACAUCUACUACGAAGGGCAGAACCUCCAGCUGAGACACCGGGAGGAGGAAGGUGAGCUGGUUGUGGAGGGGCUGCUGAACAUCUCCUGGGGGUUGCGGCGCCCCAUCCGCCUGCAGAUGCAGGAUGACAACCAACGCAUCCGCCCCCCCCCCUCCUCCUCCUCCUGGCACUCGGGAUGCAACCUGGGGGCCCACGGGUCCCUGCUGAAGCCCAGCACCUUGCCAGACAUCCAAGUUACGGAUAUGGGGACCACACCGAGCACGGAGUCUCCUGGGAACAACACAGCCUCUAAGUCGCAGCCAGAAGAGGUGCCACAGCUGAUGAGGACCCGGAGUGACGUUGGGGUGCGGCGCAGGGGCAGCACUCGCACCCCCGGCGAGCAGCGCCGCAUCCGCCGCCACCGGUUCUCCAUCAAUGGGCACUUCUACAACCACAAGACAUCCGUGUUCACCCCGGCGUACGGCUCCGUCACUAACGUCCGGAUAAACAGCACCAUGACCACCCCCCAGGUCCUGAAACUGCUGCUCAACAAAUUCAAGAUUGAGAACUCGGCAGAGGAGUUUGCUCUUUACAUUGUCCACACCAGUGGAGAGAAGCAAAAACUGCGUCCCAGCGAUUACCCCCUGAUCGCCCGCAUCCUGCAGGGCCCCUGUGAGCAGGUCUCCAAAGUCUUCCUCAUGGAGAAGGACCAGGUGGAAGAAGUCACCUACGAUGUUGCUCAGUACAUCAAAUUUGAGAUGCCUGUCCUCAGGAGCUUCAUCCAAAAGCUGGAGGAAGAGGAGGAUCGGGAGGUGAAGAAGCUGAUGCGCAAAUACUCCAUCCUCCGGCUUAUGAUCGAGCAAAGGCUGGAGGAGAUUUCUGAGGGUCCCACAGCCAUGUGAAGCUCUUCACCAGCAUUCUGGUUCCAGGUUCCAUUCCUCAAAGAGCCUUUUGCCUGCAGGACCUACUGGACCAAAUCCCAAAUCCUCAGCAAGCCCCGUGUCCGCCUGGAUCCAACCCAUCCUCCCAUGCCUUUGGCCGCGCAGCAUCUGCAGGGGAUUCCUCCUCUGCCAGCAGGGUUGUCCCCAGCAAAUCUUUGGCCAGUGGCAGCUUCAGCCAAAUCCUCAAAUCCCUGGAAAUAACAGGGGAAAAUAUAAAAAAUAAAGAGGAAAGCCACAAGCAGGACAAAGCUGGGAAUUCUAGGGGCUCUGUUGGGUGCCGCUCAGCUCCAGCGGUGCCUGCGUGUGGCUCCCAGUGGAGCAUCCGCUGCUGGGUGGCAAGAGAGCACAAAUAAUUCCUCUUUUUUCAUAAAGAAAAAACCCACAUUUCUAUUGCAAUAAUUGGCAGGUGAUGGGAACUUCUUGUAAAUCAAAAAGGUCGGCUGGGAAUUGGAGUGUUUUCUGAAGAAAAAUCCAGGGGUUGGAUUUCCAGCUGGGAUGUAAAUCGCUUUAUCCCAGCACCUUCGCUUGACCUGCGCCUGGUGGUGUAACCUUCUCCUCCCCCCACUCAGAUUUGCACUAAUUUAGGGAUUUUUAACUAAAACCAACCAUGACAUUGAAUCUCUCUGGGAGCCCCAAGAUGCCAAAUAGCUCUGGCAGGAAGAGCUGAUGGCGCUGAGCAUCUCUGGAGCGCUGCUGAACGGCGAGCAGGGGGUGGCAGGAGGAGGGGGAGACAGCAAGAAAUCAAUUUCUUUUGUAAAUUGAUUUUCUGGUGGUGCUGAUAACAUUGUCCCAGGACUGCCUCUGUUACCACCUUCCCACCUGGAAAAAAAUAACUUUCCUCCCAGGCUAAACCAGCAAUAGUGAUUUUAUACCUCGGAGUGAACUAAAACUCUGCCUUUUCCCCUCCCCUCGAGUUUUUUGCAAUGUCUCUUUGUAGUUUUUGAAUUUUAAUGGUACCUUUUCUGCCUUUUAAUGUGUGUUAGGGGAAGUGUUGUACAGCAAGGAAAGCUUUUUCUGGACUGGGAGGCUGACUGUGGCAUUGCUUUGGUGAUGAAUAAGAAAACAAAACCUGUGGCAACAAUACAGAAUGAACCCUCCUGAGCUAGAGCCUGGUUUGCUGGAAAUAAAGCACUUUGCAGAUGGAAAUG